GUUCCUAGUUUCUGCUGUAAACGGAAUAUAUUUUUUAAUUCUUAAAAUAAAACUUGUUUCGGUUUUUAAAAACAUGUACUUACUAGUAAUUUAAUCAAUAACAUAAACCGCUGUGUAACUAUAAUAUUGUCAGUCAGCUGAAUGUAGCUACUAGAUAUCAGAAGGAUGUGUUGUUAUUAGCAUUCGUAGCGCUUUAGCUUCAUGUUGCAGAUAAAAGUUCAUAAUAAACGCGUGAAAGUGAACGAGUCUGAACUGGAGACCAGCAAAAAGAAAGAUGGGAAGCCCAUAUAAGAUCCCUAAGAAAAAGCAGCUGUCAGAUUCAUCUGUCAUUGGCAUGACCUCACCUCUCUCCCGACUCCAGAAUAACACCACGUCUAAAUCAAACUGGACUCGAGAAGUUUUAAAUGGAAAAAAGCCGAAUGGAAAUGGUUGUAUUAAUGGAAAAAGAGACGUGAACAUUGGAUCUCCUGAAGCAAACAGCUGGAGACCCAAGAGAGCAUCAGACUCAAUUUGUCAGCAUGAAGGGGACAAACAUCCCUUAUCAGCUAAGAAGCAAAGGGAAUUGAACUUUACGGAGACAGUUGGGUCUUCGGAGUCCGAGGACAAGAAGGACAAUGAGGACAAAAACAAGAAAGCAGUCUCUCUAGCAAGUGAAGCAAAUGGUACAAACACACAGGAGUCUACGAUAAACAAGGGUGUAGAAAACAGGCAGAAUGGACAAAGUGCACACUCCUCUUCUGACCAGUGCAGGAAAAAGGAAGUUCCAGAGGAGCAUGAAAAGACCCCCAAGAACAGAGGUGCCUCGUCUGUUCCAGGCGGAAAAACUGACCAUAACUGGCCUUUUUCAGGAAAGAAGCUCAGACUUAGACUUUCAUCUAAAACCUACCAGAGAAUCAAACAAAGCUCUACAGAACCCAUUGUGCUCUCCAGUGAUGAUGAAGAUGGUGCAGACAAACAAUGCACUGAUGCAGUGAGCAGUGCUAGUGCUCAGCAAAGCGUUCAGAAAACAAGCAGCAGUGCCACUUUUGGAGAGCAGUUUUUAUCCCCGUCCAUCAUUGAACUUGCCUUCUCCACUCUCCACUUUGGCACAACGCGGGCCCUCGCUAACGGACUCAUCACAAUCACAGAAGACAGCAUCUCUAUACCACUGAAAGGAGCAGUGUGUGAUGGUGAUAAAGGUGAUAGUAAGAGUGUUUCAGUGUCAAUCGUCCCCUCAGAGCUGCAAGCAUACGGCAUAUGGAAGAAGGACGGCUGUAGACUGAUUGAGCAGCAGGAUUCAUCAUCGUCAUCCUUUCUCUUUUUUAUACUGACCGAUGCUCAAGCCCGACUGCUGCACACCGAGCUCUCAUCAAUACACAAUACACACACAGCUAGCCUGCCUAGCCCAUUCGUGUUGGUGGUUCUGGUUGGACAUUUGGAGGACAUACAGCAUGUCUCCUUGGUCUCUCUGAUCGAGAUGAUGGCUCUGAAGACUGGGCGUUCAGAGCUGAGCAAUCCUCUAUCCUUGGCCGAAGGGAUGAAACGGCUUCAGAGCCACCCUCGUGGCUUCCACCUUCUUACUCUGCUGAGACACAAAAUGGGGACCAAUCAGGAGAGUCAAAAUGGGACCAAAAAUGGCAAAACGCUUGGGGUCAUAAGUACGAGACAAGCAUCACUCCGCAGCGGUUCAAAGCAGCAGUCUCUGGCUCGAAGGUUAAUACAGUAUCCACCUCCACCUUCAAAGGGUGGCAUUACUGUGACUACUGAAGAUCUUGAGUGCCUUAGGGAUGGUGAAUUUCUGAACGAUGUCAUCAUAGACUUCUACCUCAAAUACCUGCAGUUGGAGAGUGAAAAUCGGGAUUUAGCUGACAGGUCUCACAUUUUCAGCAGCUUCUUCUACAAGCAGCUCACUCGCAAGGACAACAUCAGGGAGGAGGAGGCAGGUGGCACGGCGCAGUACAGACGCCAUCAGAGAGUAAGAACCUGGACCAGGAAUGUUGACAUCUUCAGCAAGGACUUCCUCUUUAUACCUGUCAAUCAAGAAGCUCACUGGUACUUGGUAGUGAUCUGUUUCCCAGGGCUCCUGCAGACCGACUGCGUGACGUGGAGGACGAGCCAAGCAGGAAGUACUGAAGAAACAAAGGGCAGAACAAAGGAUGGCAAAUCUUAUGACCUUCCGGACUGUACAGCACGUAGCUGUAAAAAGGAGACGGUCACCAGAAGGCCCUGCAUAUUGAUCAUGGAUUCCCUGAAACUUUCCUACCAUUAUCGCAUCUAUAUGCUUUUACGAGAGUACCUGCAGGUGGAGUGGGAAAUGCGGCGGGGGACUCCUCGUGUUUUUAAUGAAGACAGUAUCAAGGGCAGCCACUGUAAAGUCCCCCUGCAGGACAACAGCAGUGACUGCGGCCUUUACCUGCUGCAGUAUGUAGAGAGCUUCCUGGAGAAUCCAGUUGUGCACUUUGACCUCCCGCUGCGACUGGAGCGCUGGUUUCCACGGCAGCAGGUGCACAGGAAAAGGGCGGAGCUCCGUGAGCUGGUGCUUCAGCUAUAUCGAAAGCAAGGUGGCGGAGUCGUGCAAAACAGCAGCAGUAGCUAACGUUAGAAGUAUUUCUAGGUAUAAUAAUUCUACUUGAAAUGACUGAUCAACGACCACGGCCUUGUUUUCUACCUGCGUACGUUCUUGCGCGUAGAUGUGCAGGCAUGUGUGCAUUGUAUGUAUGUGAGAGACUGAAGCGGUUUGCAAUAGACCUGAUUCGAAGCCUGAUUCUACCGUUUCUGAUCCUUUUUCUGAAGCAUGGGAAUCCCAAUUGCAUCAAACGUUAUUUUUAAAUGUAGUAAUGAAAGAGCAAGCAGAGCCAGAUUAAUUGGAAUAAAGCGCUCUGGGGCUGGAAUUUACUUUUAACAACAUCCUGCACCACAGUGCAUCACAUUUACCCCCCUUUUUGUUUUGAUAUAACGUUUUUUAACAUUUACAGUUACAGUUCUGGUUGUGGAACAUUAGUGAUUGAAGUAAUCCUACUCACAGUCAUAACAGUGUUAUUAUUUCUUGCAGAUCUGUCUGUGUAAAAGAACAGGAAAUAACGGGACACAUACCUUUCUGUAAUUUGGCGCCCCCUGUUUUGCGUCCUCCUUGUCAAAUGUACAGUUCGUUCGGCUCAUUGGAACAGAAAAACAAGUAACGGCCUCGGUUUAGUUUGUGUUUGACUGUACAUGACUGUUUAUGAGUCUGUUUAUGAGUGUGUCAGUGUGAAUGAAUGUAUGAGGUUUUAUGACUGUGUGUGUGUGUGCACUUGCAUGCCUGUAUAACUGUAUGCAUGUGUAUGACUGUAAGGUUUUUUAUGACUUUAUAUAUAAAAUGUGUGUGUGUGUUUGUUGGUUAAGUUAAUGUGUAUUGUGGCGGUGUUUUUCAGUCCUGCUGCUUGUACAUAUCAGUGUUUCCUGUCUGGAGUUGUAAUGGGGGAACCUACAGAAUUGUGCAGUGAUUGAGAAACAUUUCGUUAACUAAGUUAAGAAAUGCAACAUGGGAAAUCAUGUUCUGUUAAUUUAUUUUAAAUUGUAUAAUUUUAAACUUUGUAAUGUGGAAGAAUAAAAUGAGGAAAAGUUUAUUUUUAA